AUGAACUGUACAGCCGAACAGGAUGUGUUCAACGUGGUCGAUACAAGUGACAGGGUAAUGGGUUGCAGUGACAGCAAACGACCUUCCGACAAUGGUUGGAAUCGAAGCAUUAUGGUCAGAUCGGAUUCUAAUACGAACGGACCAGAAAACAGAUAUGAAUAUAGUAGAAAUGUGUCCAUAGACUCAUUGCCGGACAGAUUAGACGCCUCGACAAUGGAAAAAUAUUGCGACCGCAUGGAAGAAAGAAUCAAGCUCACCAUCAACCAGCGAUUUAGCCAUUUGGAGACGUGCGUCACGACUAUUUACAUGGGAGCGGAAGUGAGACUCAGUGCAGUGGAAAAGAAAUUGAAAAAUAUGGAAGAGACCAUUCAAAUGAUAGCCAAAAAUGUGGAAAAGCAAGACGAUAAACAGAGUGAUAAAGGUUUAGUUAAUUCUGAAGAAUGCCCAGAUCAAAUAUCAUGUUUGACUCAAAAGGAAGAAUGUUCAGUAGCUGUAACAAUCGAAGACGUUUCUGAGAUUAGCGAUGUUCAAAAACAAAGUGUUGAACACAGGGAGGUGAAGAAAGAAAACAAUAUAUAG